AUGGACCUCGUCACGAGCAUCCUUGCACAUCCCCGUGUCGUCGCAACUGAGAUAAGUGCAAACAGCCGCGGGGAGCUGGCGUCCGUGUUUAUCAAGGCAUUCGACGACAAAGGCAACUAUUUUCCCAUCGACUUCGACGACACAUGGCGCUUUCUGGGCUACAGCACCAAAGCAAAUGGGCUUCGGAAGCUCAAGGGUGGAGGGUUCAAGGAAGGCUUCGAUUACUGUUGCAUGAAAGGGGGGGUCAUCCAGACUGAUGAUGGGUCUUACGAGGGGUUCGCACCAGAUAAGUAUCAUAUGACCAUCAACGCAUUCGAGCUCCUUGCUAUGGUAGCUAUGACUGAGACUGGCAAUAAAGUUCGGCAGUUCUUUCGAGCGAUGAGAGAUGCUUACGUAGAGUUGACGCAGUUGCAGUUGACCAACAGAGAGCAAGGGAGUACCUCUGAAAAGCUGGAGAAGGAGAAGGAAAUCACGAAGCAAUUGGAGUGGCAAUACAAGAUCGAGGAAAAGAAGCUCGAAGCCAAGAAACUAGAAUUGGAGCACGAAUAUCGCUUGGCACGUCUCAAGAAGAGUACUGUGCAAGAGAUAGAUCAAGCAGAGGAGCUGGCAAAGGGAGGAACGGCAGAUUCUAUUCACGAAGAGGUUUUUACCCAAAAGGGUGAAAACGAUGUUGAAGGUGGUCAGCUUCAAACGAUCGUAGCUGCGGUAGUAUCUUCGCUCGCUGCUCGCAUCGAAGAGCUUCCGAAAAGGCGGCCCGCCAGAAUCGAGGGGCGGCCCUCCGAGAGAACCAGACUGGAACCCGUUCAGACCGUCGUCCGAAAGAGUGCCGACGGACUGUUCAGCAUCUUCGACAAGCUCGCAGUGGACUUUCCUAACAUGAAACGGGACAAGGUUCGAAGGGACUUCCAUGCUGUUCAUGCUGACUUAGGCAACACUAUUCGAAUAGAUACGUGCCCCGUCGAGUCGGGGACCAGACCGACACCAUGUUGCAACGCGGAAGAUCUCGAGACGAUUUGCGAAAAGAUUCGGAGUAAGAUGACGAAGACAAGCACUAGUGGUGCAGAUACAUCGUCUGACUCAAUAUAG